AUGACUGAGACGAAGCAUGCCUUGAGCCGCGCCGAGGACAUCGCCAAGGUUAUCCUAAAGGAUAGGUCAGUCUACUCUUGGCACGCCGGUCUGUGGACGGCAUGUCGAGAAUCACGACGAGUUGUUGCCAGACAUGACAUAGACCUCGUGCGACCAGAGGAAGAAGACACAGCAGCCCUCAUGUUAUCUUCCAGACUUGGUGCUGAACAGUGGCGUCAAGUUGUUCCCUCCGAAGAUUUAUUUUGUAUAUCUGGAAGUAAUAAAAAGCCCUCAGAUCUUGAUUGGCCUUGUCUGGUUGAUGAGUCUCUAGAAACCCCGCCCAAGAACGUUGCGUUUGAGUUCGACCCGUCCUGGGCCGUUGCUCUUGAGAGUAGGCCUGAAGACCCUUUUAUCUGGGACACACCUCGCGCGUCCUUCGAACUGGCCCUUCUGUCAAAGUUAAUUUUCGACUGGGUGUUGAAGGGGAGGGUGAGGUGCAAAAUGGGCCUCGAGAAAUCCCGGUCUCAAACCUACGAGAUUCGAUCUCGAUGA